UUAUUACUAAACUAAAUACUAGUAAAACGUGUUGACGAUUACUAUAAUUUGUUAUGUGGAUUUACGAAUGAAUUUCAGUUAAGAGAUCUGAAGCGUAUUAAUUAUGAAUUAGUGAGUGUAAUGUUGACCCUUGCAUCAUUUUCCCUUACUCUCGUGAACCAAUUAUCGCGUUUGCUUUGAUAAAUUUCAAUGUAAAUUGUCAUUUUCUUUCUUCAACCAACCACUACAAUGGCGAAAGAGCUUCUGCUGCUGCUGCUGCUGCUGCAGCUGCUUCUCCAAAAACGGUGUCGUUUUGCAUUUCCUCUGCCAAUGUCGAACCUCGCAUUCUCAGAUUCGUCUCUUCCCUCUACCUGUUGAAUCCUUUCUAUAGUUCUACCCGCUCAACUUCUCAACUUAGGAGAGGGAAAUAUAUUACUAAUUGAUGACAUGGAGCAGUAUGAAAUACUUGAGCAAAUUGGAAAAGGUGCUUUUGGUUCUGCUCUUCUUGUGAAGCAUAAGCAUGAGAAGAAAAAAUAUGUGCUGAAGAAGAUUCGCCUUGCCCGCCAAACUGAGCGCUCUCGUAGGUCUGCACACCAGGAGAUGGAGCUCCUCUCCAAAUUAAGAAAUCCAUUUAUUGUGGAGUAUAAAGAUUCAUGGGUAGAAAAGGGUUGCUAUGUGUGCAUAAUUAUAGGUUAUUGUGAGGGUGGAGACAUGGCGGAAGCUAUAAAGAAAGCUAGUGGUGUUAUGUUUCCUGAGGAGAAACUGUGUAAGUGGCUUGUUCAACUUCUCAUGGCACUUGAUUACUUGCAUGUGAACCAUAUUCUUCAUCGUGAUGUCAAGUGUUCAAAUAUAUUCUUGACAAAAGAUCAUGACAUACGCCUUGGUGAUUUUGGACUUGCCAAAAUGUUGACUUCAGAUGAUCUAACUUCCUCUGUUGUGGGAACUCCUAGCUACAUGUGCCCUGAGCUCCUUGCCGAUAUUCCUUACGGUUCUAAAUCAGAUAUUUGGUCCUUGGGAUGUUGUAUAUAUGAAAUGACGUCUCUUAAGCCUGCAUUCAAAGCAUUUGAUAUACAAUCCCUGAUUAACAAGAUUAACAAGUCCAUAGUGGCUCCAUUGCCAACAAAAUAUUCUGGUGCAUUUCGAGGUCUUGUUAAAAGCAUGCUGCGGAAAAAUCCAGAGCUUAGGCCUAGUGCGGCAGAGCUACUUGGGCACCAACAUCUUCAACCUUAUGUUCUUAAGGUCCAUCUUAAAAUCAAUAGCCCAAGGCGAAAUACAUUGCCAGGUCAUUGGCCAGAAUCCAAUUACAUAAAGAAAACUAGAUUUUUGAAGUCAGAAGCUGAUCCUGUUUCCCUCUCUGGGUAUAAGUGGCAUUCUUUUAGCAAUGAUCGGACUUUAAACCCUAGUGUAUCAAGAGCAGAACAAGAUUCUCUAUGCUCUACGCUAGAGAUAGACUGUACUACUGUUAAUUUAAAUCAAAGAUUUGCUGAACUUUGUGUUGGAGACAACCAUGACGUGAAGUCACUCCAUAAGCCAGCUGUUUCCAAAAAUUCCAGUAAUGCCAAGACUCCUAAACUAACUGCAUCAAAAGCUUCUGCCACCUCCAAGAAAUUAACGGUGCCCUCAAAGAAUCAUAAGACGCUUCCUGUUUCACACAAUACGAAACAACCAGUCCAUACAACUCGCCGAGUAUCAUUGCCAUUGCCAAAAAGUUGUGCCAUUCAGCAGCCUCCUCGUAGGUCCAGUAUUGGUUUACUUGACCAUGUAAACUCGCCCAAUAUUUCAGUUAACUCUCCCCGUAUUGAUAGGAUAGCAGAAUUCCCAUUAGCAUCAUAUGAAGAUCCAUUGUUUCCUGUCAAUAGAUCUUCACCAAACUCGGUGCAGGGGUCCUCAGGCUCUCCUCCUUGUGGCAAUGAUUCAACUUUGAUAGACAAAUGCACAAUCAAGGUAUGUGACACAGCCUAUGUUAGGCCAGGUUGUACAGAUGCUUGGCAGGGAAUCAAGCGCAGCAUAUACAAAAGUGGCUCAUCUGAUCAAAAUGCAACUGCUGGAGCAUCAAGCCACAACUCUUCAGACUUGCAUCACCGACAAUUUGAUACGUCGUCAUUUCAACAAAGGGCUGAAGCCUUAGAAGGCUUGCUUGAAUUUAGUGCAAGAUUACUACAGCAGGAAAGGUAUGGAGAACUCGGAGUUUUAUUAAAACCUUUUGGGCCAGGGAAAGCUUCCCCAAGGGAAACUGCUAUUUGGUUGAGCAAGAGUUUCAAAGAGAACACUUUCAACCGGGAACAAUCCAUCUAAACUGCUGCAAUAUCUCAGAGUCAUGUUUGUAGAGUUCGGUGUUUCUCCUCACACUUACAUUUAGACAGCUGAUUUUUAUAGGCAACAAUGUGUUUUCAAUUACCCACUAUUUCACUUACUGAACAAUGAUAACUCUCACUUUCAAUCUGUUGAAUGAGAAAGAAGGUAGAUCUUUUCAUGACUUGAUAGCAUUACCUAUCUGACCAGAAUUAACUAAAAUGAUAAAUUUUAGAAACGUUUUAUAACUUUUUAUUUCAAUUCACACUU